AUGCCUCCGUUCUUCCCCCAACUUUCACAACAGGUAGUACGCGCCGGCCGCAACCAAGACGGACCAGCAGACGACACCGACGACAGGCCUCGCCGGCACGGCGGCGACAGCGCCGCUCUUGCCACUGCCGCCGCCGCCCGCAUCGGUCCCGUUGCCGCCGCCGCCGCCGCCCGUCGUCUGGUUCGCGCGCAGGCACGCCGUGUGCGCGUUGGCGAAGCGCAGCUGCCUGCCCGCGGCGUCGGCCUGCGCCCAGGUGAUCACGACGGGCCACACGUUGCCCAUCGCCCGCGCGACCUCGCCCCUGUCGUCCCUGCCGCCCGGCGCCGAGGCGUAGGCGAACAGGCCCCGCUGGGAGAUCUGCCCGGCGGGGAUGGCUGGGACGGUGGUGUGUGGGUUGUGGUCAGCGAGCAUGCCUCACCAGGAGAGUAA